AUGGAUGUCUCCUCGGCGAUCUCGGGCUAUCUGUCCAAGAUUGCCGGCGUCGGCGAAGGUGCUGCAGCCUCUCAGCAGACCAAAAUGAAGCUGCUGCUGCUUGACCCGGAGACAGUGUCUAUCGUUUCAACCGCAAUCACCCAAUCAGCUCUGCUGAAACACGAAGUAUACCUCGUCGACAGGCUGGACAAUCCUGCUCGCGAACGCAUGCGCCACCUCCGCUGCCUCUGCUUCGUCCGACCGUCUCCGGACUCGAUCCAGUUCCUCAUCGACGAGUUGCGCGAGCCCAAGUACGGAGAGUACAAUAUAUACUUCAGCAACAUCAUUAAGAAGUCGUCACUUGAGCGAUUAGCCGAAGCGGAUGAUCAUGAGGUGGUCAAGGCGGUCCAGGAAUAUUUUGCGGACUAUAUCGUGGUCAACCCGGAUCUGAUGUCCCUGAACCUGGGAUUUCCGAAGCAGCGGCUAUGGAGUCACAGCCCAGAUAUCUGGAACACCGAUGCGUUGCAGAGGACUACCGAAGGCGUGAUUGCCUUGCUCUUAUCGUUGAAGAAGAACCCGCUGAUACGCUACCAAAAGAACAGUCUGAUGGCGAAGAAGCUGGCCACCGAAGUGCGGUACCAGAUCACCCUGGAGGAACAGCUGUUCGACUUCCGAAAAACAGACACUCCUCCGGUCCUGCUGAUUUUGGAUCGGAGAGACGAUCCGAUUACUCCGUUGCUCACCCAGUGGACCUACCAGGCUCAGGUACAUGAGCUACUGGGCAUUCACAAUGGUCGGGUGGACCUCAGUGCCGUUCCAGAUGUACGUCCAGAGCUGAAAGAGAUCGUUUUGUCUCAAGAUCAGGAUCCCUUCUUCAAGAAAAACAUGUAUCAGAACUUUGGUGACCUGGGAGGGAACAUCAAAGACUAUGUCGACCAGUACCAGACUCGAACAAAAUCGACCGCUCAGAUCGAAUCGAUAGCGGACAUGAAACGGUUCGUCGAGGAUUAUCCAGAGUUUCGAAAGCUUUCCGGGAACGUCUCCAAGCACGUCACUCUAGUCAGCGAACUCAGCCGCCGUGUCUCUGCCGAGUCCUUGCUCGAUGUGUCAGAACUAGAACAGAGCCUUGUCUGUAAUGACAACCAUGCCAAUGACCUCAAGACGCUGCAGCGACACAUUCAAAACCCGAGUAUCCCUGCCGACAAUAAGAUCCGCCUGGUCGCGCUCUACGCCCUCCGCUAUGAACGCAAUCCAAACAACGCUCUCCCAGUGCUCCUUGACCUGCUGACUUCGGUGGCUGAUGUGCCUCCGCACAAAAUAUCCAUCAUCCCGAAACUCCUCGCUUAUCACCAUAGUCUGCAGCCCGCACCUGUUGGCGGCGCGAGCGGCUUCAUAGACCUCUUCGACUCCGGCUCCUCUCCAUUCAGCCAGUUCCGCCGCAACCUAAACCUGAAGGGCGUGGAAAAUGUCUAUACCCAGCACUCGCCUAGGUUAGAGACUACACUUCAAUAUUUCAUCAAGGGGCGGUUGAAAGAGUUGCAAUUUCCCUUUGUCGACGGGCAUCAUACCAAGGACAAGCCACAGGAUAUUGUUGUUUUCAUGGUGGGAGGGGUAACAUAUGAGGAAGCCAAAAUGGUAGCACAGGUUAAUGCCUCUGUGCCGGGCGUAAGGGUGGUGCUUGGCGGGACAAGCGUGGUGAACUCAACCAUGUUCCUGGAAGAGGUGGAUGACGCGGUGAGCAGUUGGCCGGACCAAGGACCUGCCACAUCUAGGGAAAGGCUUGGUAGAGCUGUUGGGAGAUGA